AUGUUACUCCAUGUGUGUGCGUUACUCUUCCUAGUCAAUUCAUGCUUAACCGUGGAUCUCACCUACCGAAUUCAGGAAGAGAAAAGUCCUGGCACCUACAUUGGUGACAUCGCUGCCGAUACACACCUGAUGGACAGCGUCCCUCUGCAGGACCGAAGACUGAUACGGUUUAGUCUUCUCGAACCCGACGUAGCUGAUGUGCCACAACUUUUUCGGGUGUCCAAGAAAACGGGUAAGCUUUAUACAACCCAGACACUUGAUGCCGAAUCACUGUGCGCUUACAAUUCCGAGUGUUACCGAAUUAUCCACCUGGCUGUACGGAGAGUUAAUUCAUUCAUCCGAAUUCUAAAAAUCAGGGUCAUCGUAAUGGAUAUUAACGACCAUCAACCGGAAUUUCCGAACCAAAAUAUUGACAUUCAAUUCUCAGAAGGAGACUGGAAAGGAAAAAAGAAGCUGAUUCCGAAUGCCUUGGACAAAGACAUUAGCGUUCCAAACUCGCAGAUCACUUACCAACUGCAGAAAGACAUGAACCAACCAUUCACUCUGUCAGUCUCUGAAAGCGUAGACGAGACGUUUGAUCUUCGGAUUGCUCUUGAGGAGAGGCUUGACCGGGAAGUCAAGGACUCCUAUUUGAUUCAAGUAGUCGCUACUGAUGGAGGGUCACCACCCAAACAGAGUGUCCUCGACGUCCGGAUAUUGGUGACCGAUGUCAACGAUAACCCGCCCGUCUUUUCUAAAAACGUCUACAACAUCUCCGUGAAAAACGAAAACUAUGGCGUAACACCGAUCACCAUUUUGUCGGCGUCGGAUCUUGAUGCUGGAAAAAACAGGCUGAUUACUUACCAUUUCAGCUCCAAGACUUCACGAACGGCAACAAACCAUUUUCAGUUGAAUAAGCUAACUGGCGAAAUUUUCUUGCAGAAGACGUUCGCUUCCGGUCAGAAGCUCUCUCACAAACUAUACGUGAAAGCUACGGACGGGGGUAGCCCUCCACUUAGUUCCGUCGCAAUAGUUCUUGUUAACGUGAUAAGCCAACAGAAUAACGCGCCAACCAUCGAUGUAAACUUUGUGUCCUCUUCGACAGAGAACAAAGCCACCAUUUCCGAAGAUAUCGAAGUUGGCAGUUUCAUGGCUUAUGUUAAAGUUACUGACCACGAUGCUGGCAAUAAUGGCGAGGUUACUUGCGGUCUGUACCAUGAUAAAUUCCAGCUUGAAAUUCUAGGUCCAAAGGAAUAUAAAGUAACAGUUAAAAGCCCCGUAGACAGAGAAAUCGAAGACCAGCAUGACUUUACGAUAAGUUGUCAGGAUAAAGGUUCCCCAACACAACAUACUGAAAGCAAAUUCUCUAUCGAAGUAAUUGACGUUAAUGACGUUCGUCCGCAGUUUUUAAAAGAAACAUUCAAAUUCUGGAUUUAUGAGAAUCAGAAGUCAAAUUUCCCUGUUGGUUAUAUCAAUGCGUCCGAUCCAGACCAGGGUCCCGGCGGCAAACUUACGUUUUCUCUGCCGACAGAAAAGAAUCAGUUUUUGCCUUUUCAAAUCACGGAUAGCGGACUGAUUUCCACUGUUAUAUCACUGGAUUAUGAGUUUCAUAACAUUUACAAGUUCCCGGUAUUCGUUGAGGACAACGGGAUUCCAUCUCUCAACAAUACGGUAAGGGUUGUGAUUCAGGUUAAGGACAAAAAUGAUAACCCCCCUUAUUUCAUAUUCCCUGGCAUAAAUCCUUUUCAGAUGGACGUGGAUUAUCAUCCGUAUCAUCCGAAUAACAUCACCGUGCUGAAAGCUUCCGAUAGCGACAGUCGAGAGAACGCCUUCCUUAAGUACAAUAUCGUUUUAGGCAACGACAAACAAUUGUUCUCCAUUAAUCAAUACACCGGCUUGCUUUACUUCAAACACGCGAUAACUCAGCAAGACGCCGGGUCGUACAUACUGCAGAUUACAGUCAAAGACAGUGGUAUUCCAGUCUUGUCAGCUACCACCACUCUAUCUCUGAGACUAACUGUUAACAAUAAAACAUCGGAGAUAUUUAACACCGUCCACCUGAAACCAGACUAUCAGGUCCAUAUGUAUUUGCUAAUAACCGUUGUGCUCGUUGCCGUCACCGUGUCUGUACCUCUCACGGCUGCCAUUUCAAUCUGCAUCAUUCGUUGUUAUAACCAUAGGGAUGCACCUCUUCGGGAGAAUUCGAGUCUUUCAUGCAAAUUUGUAAAUGAGCAAGAGAAUUUGGUCUGCCGUUCCCAGCUCGCCAUUAGUUGGCCUGAUGUGCCAAUGGCUCUGAAGACGGAUUUGAAUGUGGCUUGGAAUUCUUUGCCAAAUAGACCGAAACAAACAUUUCAUCCAGCCGACGAACUAGCCAACAGUCCAGUACUCACUACAUUAGGAAUGAAAAUCCACACUGCCCGGGAAGUCACCUACGAGGUAAUUUUUAUUUACUUUUAA